AUGGGGUCUGGAACAGCGUCCCGGUGUUUGGAUCUGUUUCUCUUUUUGUCUCUGCUGCCCCCGUUUAUCACCGCGAACCGGAUAAUCACAGACACACCGGAGCCCCAGAAAUCCACCAUCACCGGGCUCGGGGUGAAGGAGCACUCGCAGAUCGUUGCUCAGCACAAUAGACUGCGCAGCCGGGUCAAACCCAUGGCAGCUAACAUGCAAAAAAUGGAGUGGAAUGAGAAGUUGGCCUUGCUUGCAAAGGAGAGGGCGGUGUUGUGUCACACAGACCCGCCUCCUGAACGCUCCUCGUCUUUCAGUCACAUCGGCUGGAACACACACCUCUCUGCUUAUGGUGUCACCUCCAUUUCUGACACCAUACACUCUUGGUUUGAGGAGGGGAAAGAUUUUCUCUACUUGAGUGGGCAAUGUUGGGAGAACGCCACCUGUCAACACUAUACACAGUUGGUGUGGGCCACUUCGAGUCACGUGGGCUGUGCCAGCCAGCUGUGUCGGAGAGAAGGAGACCUCUGGGAGAUGUUUGUCUGUGCAUAUUACCCUGGGGGUAACUGGGAGGUGAACGGUCGGCUGGUGAUGCCCUAUAACUCGGGGCUGUACUGCUCGCUCUGCACAUCUUCCAUGUCUGGCUGCUUUAGACUGUGGGACCAUGUAGGUGGAUUAUGUGAGAUUCCAAGGAAUCCGUGUCGAAUGAGUUGUGGUCAACACGGCCAUCUUAACAUCUCAUCCUGCAAGUGCAUGUGUGACCCGGGCUACACCGGACGCCUCUGCCAGGUACGGUGUAGUGUGCAGUGUCUACACGGUCGUUUCAAAGAAGAAGAAUGCUCUUGCUUGUGUGAUGUUGGCUAUGGUGGUGCUGAGUGUGCAGAGAAAGUGCCGUUUCCUUUCCAGAGCUGUGAUAUGAUGAUAGAUGGUGAUUGCUUCAUGGUGUCUUCAGAAGCGGACACAUACUAUGGAGCCAAGAGUCACUGUCAGGAACGAAGUGGGAUUCUAGCUCAGAUCCACAACCAGAAGGUUCAGGACAUCCUGGCGUUUUAUCUCAGUCAGCUGAAGACGGGCAACGAGGUCACCAACACUGACUUUGAGACACAAAACUUCUGGAUCGGUUUGACGUAUAAGCCUCUGAAAGACUCAUUUCGCUGGGACACAGGAGAGAUCCCUAGAUUCAGCAGCUUUGCCUUUGGGCAACCUGACAACCAAGGCUUUGGAAACUGUGUAGAGCUGCGGGCGUCGAGUGCCUUUAACUGGAACGACCAGCGAUGUAAAACGCAGAACCGAUACAUUUGCCUGCAUGCUGCAGAACACAUUGCCCGGUGGGAGGAUGGCAGGUGACCUGGAUUUCUCAAAGGGAUGAAACUAGGUGUGCACUACGUGCUAAAUGUUGAUUGGGACAAUGGCCACUAAUUUGUUAUUGUUUUUAUGUAA